AAAAGCUUUUUCCGUCAACCUCCGAUCCUACUCAUACAACAUGUCAAUACUCUAUCCACUACAACAAUAAUAUUCAACAUAAAAUCAUCUUUUUAAGUAGUUCUCUUGGAAAUGGAAGUAAACCAGGUGAGCGCCUCCAAGGAUAGUCUGCCGUCCAGUGAGCCGGAUUGCCUCACCGCAUUGGCCUUGCCGGAGAUAUUGCCCGACCCUGUCAUCUAUUACGACGAAUAUAAGUAUAUGCAGGACCUGCAAAUGCUGCGUAACCAGAUGGGCCUGGCGCUGCCGCUGGUCAUGUGCAUGGAACGCUUCUCUGUCAGCCAGACGAGACGACUGCCCUUCCUGCGCUCCAGCAACCUUAUGGACGAUGUGCUCACUGGCCGCUGCAGCGAGAUCAGCUUUGCGGAUUAUCUCAAGCGGCCCGACUAUGAGCAGCCACAGCGCUCGCCGCACAUUAUCAUGGAGGAGCUGCUUGGCAUUCGCAUAUAAGAGAGAGGGAGAGACAGAGAGGGAGAGAAGAUAUCGGAUCUGUUUUUCCUUUGCUUACGCAAUUAAAUAUAAAUGCUGUUGUUGCUGGCCAUGGUGAA